AUGCCCAAGAAUAAAGGUAAAGGAGGCAGAAACAAGCGUAAGGGUAAGAAGGAGAAUGAAUAUAAAAAUAGAGACCUAGUCUUUAAAGAAGAUGGACAAGAGUAUGCCCAGGUAACCAAAAUGUUGGGAAAUGCACGGUUGGAAGCAGUGUGCUUUGACGGUGUGACAAGGAUAUGUCAUAUCCGAGGAAGCUUGAGAAAAAAGGUUUGGAUAAAUUCUUCAGAUAUUAUAUUGGUUGGUCUUCGAGACUAUCAGGAUAAGAAAGCAGAUGUAAUCUUAAAGUACAGUGCAGAUGAAGCUAGAAGUCUGAAGGCUUAUGGAGAGCUUCCAGAAUAUGUGGAACUUAGUGACACAGAUACCUUUGAAACUGAAGAUGAUGAUGAAAUCCAGUUUAAGGACCCUGCAGAAUGCAAUGUCUCCUUAGAAAUUAAAACAAGCAAAUCUGAGGAGGGAGCUAAGAUGGUGGAGGAAUAG